GAGCAGCGCCAUGGAGACGCCCCACAUCGACCACUUAAGCUUGGAGGACUACGAACACGUUUACGAGCCGGCAGAGGAUUCAUUUCUGCUGCUGGACGCCUUGGAAAAGGAUCUGGAAUACCUGGACCAGCUGCAGCCGGGACUGUGCGUCGAAUUGGGUUCCGGUUCGGGGGUGAUUAUCACAGCUCUGGCCAAAAGGCUGGCCAGCUCCUCGCUAUGCCUGGCCACAGAUAUCAAUCCCAAGGCCUGCAAUGCCACCCAAAGAACAGCUGCCCGAAAUGAAGCACGUGUCAGUGCCAUACGUUGUAAUCUGGCAGAUGCACUGCGCCGGCGUUCCGUGGACGUCCUGCUUUUUAAUCCUCCGUAUGUGGUUACCAGCGACGAGGAGCUGCAAACCCAAAGGUUUGAUUCCCAGAGCAAAUCCGCAACAGAAGGUAAUCUGGUCUUCUCCUGGGCUGGCGGACAGGAUGGACGGCGCGUCACAGACAUUCUCCUGAAGCAACUGGAUGACAUUCUCUCGCCACGAGGGGUUCUUUACCUACUCCUCCUGCGGGAGAAUAAACCCGAGGAAAUUAUCAAACACUUAGAAGGCUUCAAAUUCAAGGCUGUUAAAUUUAUGGAGCGACGCAUUCCUGGGGAAUAUCUAUACAUACUAAAGGUGACCAGAUGCUCAUCAUGACUUGGCUAGUUAUAUUUAAAUUA